AUGAAAAGCACCUCCUUGGAUUCUAAAGAAGAGGAUAUCACAAAUAAGGAAAACGAGUUAAAAAAGAAGUAUGAAGAGUUGCGUAUACAGCAAGAGGAAAUUGCAAACAAGGAAUCUGAGAGAGUUAAAAAGGCUUUGUCUGAUCAUGAAGCUGUUUUGAAGGAGAAGAGUUCCCAAUUUGAAGCUCAAUUAGAAAGAAAACUCAAAGCAAUGGAGGAAACGUUUGAGAACAAAAGAAGGGCUUCAGAGUUGAGGGAAGUUGACUUUAGUCAACGGGAGGAUUUACUUGCAGAAAAAGAGCAUGAAUUGGAGGUUAAAGCGAGAGCCAUUGGUGAGAAGGAAAAGGAGCUUUCAGAAAAAACGAAUGCUGUUGAGGAAAAAGACAAAACAGUCCUUGAAGUGGAACGAGAGUUAAAGCUGCAGAAAAGUAUAUUGGAGAAAGAAAAAGAAGAAGUUAAUCAAAUGAAAAUCGAUCUUCAAAAAUCCUUAAAGUUAUUGGAUGAAAGAAGCAAGGAAAUUUUGAAUGCAGAAGAGAAAGUGGAAGCCAUGAGAAACGAAACAAACGAGUUGAUGAUUUUGGAAAGAAGGUUUAAAAGAGGAAAUCGACAUGAUUCGAGCUCAAAACACGAAUUUGAAAGUGAAGCAGAGAAAAAUUAA